AUGGGGUGCUUGGAGUGUGGGAAGAACUUCAGGCAGAGCAGCGCCCUGAUCCGCCACCAGAUGAUCCACACUCAUCAGCAGAUUUACUCCAAGGAAAGGCCCUUCUGCUCUCCAGACUGUGGGAAGGGCUUCAAGCACAGCUCCAACCUCGUCAAGCACUGGUGCAUCCACACAGGGGAGAGGCCCUACGAGUGUCCCCAGUGUGGGAAGAGCUUCACCCAGAGCUCUCACUUGACCAAACACCAACAGAGACACCGGUGA